GCAGUGGGGAGUUCCCCGGCCAGCUUACUUGCCCGUCCACAUUGCUAUCCUAUUUCGGCGAGAGGGGUGUAUCAGCCAAGGUUUAUUAUGACGUUUGGUCUUUAUCAUUCGUCCCAACUCUCGCCGCCUGCCCAGCGAGAUCUUGUCGACGCAGAUAUAAAUAUGGACGCUGGUCAACCUUUUGUGGAUACAAGGUCAAUAGGUCCCUAGGUGCCUCACGAGAUACCUCUGGCCUCGCCUCCGCCAACCACUCGCAUAUCGGCCAACCGUCAACAUGGCGCCAACAGUUGUCUUGAUCACCGGCGCCAAUAGGGGACUCGGGGCUGGGCUUACAAAGCGGUUCCUCGCGGAGCCUCCUCACUUACGUGCGAAGCCAUACCGUUGGGAUCGCAGGGCCGCCUGUGCUCGGAAAACGGUUGACCACGCAGUCACCACGGGACAGAUCUUUAUCGCGGCGGUGCGGGACCCGUCGCACCCAACUGUCGCAAACCUCUCGGCCGCGCCCAAGGGGCAGGGCACCAAGCUGGUCGUUGUCAAAUACGACGCGGCCGUCGAGCAGUCGCCCUUUGACGUCGUGGCCUCCCUCAAGGGGAGGCCGUGAAGGAUUUCUGUAAUUAUUUGGCUUGGAUAUGGAAUCUAUCAUCAGGGUACCACUCUUCACAAUUCUCCGGACCUUGCCCG